AUGGCUAAUGAUGAGUCCGAUGCUCUUGACGUGCUUGAGAGAGAAGCAAAGGAAUACGACAAGGACGCCGAGAUCGAUCGGAUCCUGAAAGCCUUUAGACUCGAUGCCUACGCGGUGCUAGAUCUCCAACCCGGUGUCCCUGACUCAGACAUCAAAGUCAUCUACCGCAAGAAGUCACUACUAAUCCAUCCGGACAAAACCAAGAAUCCACAAGCCCCCGAAGCAUUCGACCGUCUCAAUAAAGCCCAGACGGCAUUGCUUGAUGAGAAGCAACGGCAACAUCUCGACGAGUGCAUUGCCGACGCCCGACACCUGCUCAUACGCGAGCACAAAUACACCGUCGAUUCGGAGGAGUUGAAGACGGAAGAGUUCAAGCAGGAAUGGAGGAGGAAGACGGUAGAGGUCCUGGUCGAAGCGGAGGCGCGAAGGAGGAGACAGAUGAAGGCCAAGAUGCAGGAAGAGGGCCGAGAACAGGCCAAAGAGGAUGCCCAGAUCGAAGAGAGGAAGCGAAAACGAGACCACGAGAAGCAGUGGGAAGAUACCCGGGACAAGCGCAUCGGCAGUUGGCGUGACUUCCAGAAAGGCGUCAAGAAAGGAGACGAGCAAAAGAAGAAGAAGAAAAUGAAGGUGCUGGGGUGA